UUGUUUUUUUUUUACCCUUGAAUUUCCUUGAAAAUAAAUCAUUUUCAGUUAACUAAUUCACUUAACAACCAGUUGAUGGUAAAAUUGUCAAAAUACUGAGAAUGUUUUGUAAAUUAAAAGCCGUACUUAUUGAUCUAAGCGGUACGAUUCAUAUCGAAUCAAAUGAAAUUGUCGGAUCUAUUGAUGCAUUGACAAGAUUACGUAGAUCUGGUCUUCGUUACAAGUUUGUAACAAAUACGACGAAAGAGAGUCAAAAUUUUCUCUACGAACGAUUAAAAUCCAUUGGAUUUGAUAUUGAAAAAAAUGAAAUAUUCACAUCAUUAGUGGCAGCUAGAGAUUUUAUCCGAAAUGAAAAACUUUGGCCACAUUUAUUGCUUGAAGAGUGUGCAAUGGAAGAUUUUCAGGAUGUAACCAAAGAAUUAGUUGAUAGUCAUAAAGGCGAAGCAGUCGUUGUUGGAUUGGCACCAUCAAAAUUCAAUUAUGAUACGUUAAAUGAUUCAUUUGAUAAAUUAUUAAACGGAGCUCGAUUAGUGGCCAUACAUCAAGGUCGAUAUUAUAAAACAACAAAAGGUUUAGCACUUGGUCCUGGUCCUUUCGUGAAAGCUCUAGCUUAUGGGGCUGACAUUAAACCUGAAGAUGUUAAAGUAGUAGGUAAACCUGAUCGUAAUUUUUUCCUUUCGGCUCUCCAAUCGUUAAAUGCAAAUAUUCAACCUGAUGAAGCUGUUAUGAUCGGUGAUGAUGUUCGUGAUGAUAUUGCCGGAGCCAUGGCAUUAGGUAUGCAAGGUAUACUUGUUCGAACCGGAAAAUAUCGGCCAGACGAUGAAAAUAAAAUCAAUCCAUCACCAACAUUAACUGUUGCAACAUUUGCCGAAGCAAUUGAAACUAUUUUAAGUGAUCUUUGUAAUUAAAAUCUGCAUUAUUGUAUAAAUUUUAUUGUUAAAACAAACAGAAAAAUUCUAAUCAAACAAAAAAUUCAAAAAUCAUCAAAUAAUAAAAUUUCGAUGAUAUUUAUUGAUAUGCACGUAUUGUCUUGUUGAAGGAUAAAAGUUUUCGUUUGUUAAAAAAAUCAAUAAUUUGUUUUUAUAUUUCGCCAUAUAUGAUCUGCAUCUUUUUUAGCCACAUAUCCAAAUGGGGUGUGUUCUAGCUCAAACUUUAAUUCUCUCCUUGAAUCGAUCGAUAUAUUAUGAUGAUUGUUGAUGAUACGAUAUAGACAUGGACAAUAUAUCUUGUAAAUGAUGGUGAAUUUGAUGAAUGAUGAUUGAAUGCGGAACAAACAAAUGAAAAACAAAUCCAUAGGUGAUCAUUUCCAUUUCGAUUAAAGCGAAUCAUAGACAAAACAAACGAAUGAUCCGGUUAUUGCAUAAUAAAUGGCAUUCACAAUGGCUGACCAUGUCAAUCGAUCAAUUAUGAUUAAAACAACAUUUGGAUCACCAUUUAGAAUAUGGCUGCAUUCUUUUCUUUACUUCUUUGUUGCUAAAAUUAUUCAUUUUAUUUUUUCUUGUUUAAUCUGUGACUAGAACCGAAUAAAAUUCAUUAUUAAUGGAUGAAAGCAAAAAUUGUGAUAUCUUGAUAUCUUAUGGCAGUGCCAAUAUUAGAUUCAAUAUGUAAUGUAGAUGUCGGUGAUGGUCAUUGUGUAUCCAGAGAUUUGUCUCACUAAUUGUAUAUGGUUUGGCCUAUUUUGGCAAGUUUCAAGUAGGAUCAU